AUGGUGGAGCUCUUCCACAAGUUUGGUAUACCACAUGACUUUACCGCAGAAAGAGCACGUUCUACAAACCAUAGCCUGAGCCGUAGAAGCGGCGACGAUGAUGGCUUCAGCUCUUGGUUUCGAUAUUACUGCAUUUCAGCGGCUUCCUAUGUGGCGGAUGACGAGUCCCCCGAUGGGAAGGACGAUGCGACUGAAGGAGCACCGCUGCCCGACAAGUACCCCGUGAGAGAGGCGGCAUUUUUCCUCCAAGCGUCAAAAAAGACGAACAUCACACUGCUGUGUUUCGGCGCAGGACCAGGGGUGAGGAGGAGGAUCAAGGACUUGAUCAAGAGCCGGGAAUGGAGUGACGUUGGCGUCAAUCCGGAGACACUGUUUGAUGUUGCCUUGGAAGGACUGUUUGAAGAAGUAGAUGAUGUGGCGUGGAGGCUCGAGGAGGAGUUUGCGCCGCUGGAGCAGGUGUACUCCCACAUAACGGACUCGAGCCUCAGGGCAAUACUCGGGGAGGCGUAUUCUUUCACGAGACAUACGACGGAGCUGUCCAGAGCGCUUGAGUCCGCUUUGAUGAUCAACGAGAGCCUCAUACAUAACACCAGCGCCGGGAUCUCUUCGACAGCUGCGUCAUGUUCGAGGGACCCCGGGGAACAUCGCCGACCACUUGUUGACCUGCAGCUGAAAGAAUGUCUCGAGUAUCGGCGCACGCUCUUCCGCUCAACACAACUGAGAGUCUCAGCCCUUCAGAAAAGAAUCAAAGCUGUAAUUGCGCUGGCAUCCAACCUGGUAUCUCAGCAGCAGUCGGCGGCAGUGAUACAAGGUCCCGUUUCGAUGAAGCUCAUAGCAGCCUCAAUCUUGAUAUUCUUGCCCACGAUCACGGUUGCAACAAUUGCGGGAUCACGGCUGCUGUUGUCGGAGCAGAGAGACGAUGAGGGCUCGUGGGAGGUCAGUGCAACGCCGCUGUUCUACUUGCUGUGGUACAUUUCGAUUCCGUUGACGCUGGCGAUGGUCGUCUUGUCCUUUUGCUGGCUUUGGUGGAGACAGGACAGAAGCAAGAAAAAGACUGCGUUGUCGUCGUCUUGGUAUCGAAGGAUGGUGGUAUGGAGACGUGCAGAGGGAAACGAGAAGCAUCAAGAGUCGAGUGUGUUACCCGUCUGA